GAUUAAAUAAUGACGACUGAAUUACGUACUUCAUCGUGAAUAUAGUUGUUUCGCGUAGCCAAUUGAUUAAUCAUAAAUUUGAACGGAAACAGAAAAGUUUCUCACAUAAUAUAAUGAUUACAUAUCAUUUUUUUCACUUCAGACAUGAACAUUCGAAGUAUUCUAAUUGUGUGUUUUUUGGGAGUAGCAUGGUUUGACAGUUCGACAUCUCAACCUUGGGGAAGAGGACAAAACAGACAAAAGUGGAACAACAGGCGGUUUUUUAAGAAGGUUGAAAGAAGAAUUAAGAAUGGAAGACAAGUAUUUUCUCCAAGAGCACUGGGAAUGAUAAGAAAUGGAUGGGGAAAGAAAAAUAUUCACAAUAAAUUGAAUAAAGCUUUUGGACUGUGUGAUAUACCAGACCAAGAUGUAGUUAAAAAUAUGUUCCCGGGAUUAUUUCAGUCCAUCGACGAUAUCUAUAGACUUCCCGAGAUGCAACAGAAUAUUGCAAAGACGUCAACUGUUGACAAAUUAGAAGAACCGCCAGCAAUUCGUAAUUGGCAGGCUCUACCAUCCAGACGAGUUCGUAUUCCCAAAACAGUAACUAUUUUAUCUUCCGGUGAUUCCGGUCCUCAGAAUAGGAGUUUUAGUCGGACCGGAAAUCUAUGCGAUUGUUGUAAAGUAGAUCGGUACUUUGAGACUUAUGACAAUGUGACAGUCGGAGGCAUUUCUUACGAAGUCAUCCGUAUUCCAAAUGAGGAUCAAUUUUUUGCCAUUGAAAGAUGUCCAGAAAGCCCCAGGUGUAUUUACGGAGGCUGUAUACAGAGGUACACACGGCAGCCCAUCCUUAUUUGGAACGACACAAAACCCUAUUAUCCUCCGUUAGAUUUUGCCCAGUUUGAUUUCCCCACCCACUGCGAGUGGGCUAAUAUUGGACAGUGAGAAAAAUCGAUAAUUAUUGAGGUGUUUUAUAUAUAAACAUGGUGCCAAACACAACAUAGAUCCGCGUAAAAAGGUAGAGUAAGAGAUGACAAAUAUGAUCAUACGAUGUGUUGGUAUUUAAAUGUACCGAGUAAAGUGAAAGGCGAAAAGUUGAUGAUUUUAACUGUUAUUGUUAUUGUUUUGGGUUGCUGUCUACGAUAUUCUCUAUCUUAUUAAGUGUCUAAGAUACACUCAUGAUAAUGCAUAGAUACCAAUUCUAGAGUUGUACGACAACGUUUGGUUUUUUUAAUUAUUUAUUUCAUCAUGUUUGAUUGUUGAUUUCUUACUUUUCUAGUUCUGAAUGCUCGUAGUAGUUCAUAAGAAAAUCACAUUUUUUACAACCUUUAAUAUAAAACAUCAACUUCCUAUGGUUCGAAAAGAGAACAUUAAUUGCGCCGAAUUAAGAACUUACUAAAAAGGUAUUUUUUAAAGUAAUUAUAAAUUAACAAUGUUAAGUAAUGUGAUUGGAUGAAAAAUAUACAUUAGCAUGUCUAAACCUGUACAUUACGCGUUUCGUGUACCGCAAUUAUUUUCUUUUCCUCGAAAUGCAUGAUGUAGGGGAAAAAUUAUGCAUAAGGCAGUUAGUGUUUAUGAUGAAUCAUUAAAUGCCCUCGAGUGUAACUAUCCUAUUGAUUAAGAUGUUAAAUUUAUUGCACUAAUGAUGAUGUAUAUUUAAAAUUUGAGGAUAAAUAAAUUGACUAAAUAUCG